AUGAAAGAACCAAUUCCACCCCCUACCGACACCAUUGCCGAUUCCUCCAUGCCAAAGCAGCUCCGCUUCCUUGUCAUCGGCGCCGGAUCCCGUGGAAAUGCCUACGCCCGCGCCGUCACAACCGCAACACCAGGCGUAAUCCACGCUGUCGCCGAACCCCACCCAUUCAAGCGGAGUGAAUUCGGACGAAACUACAUCUGGGGCGAGGGAGCCCCAAGCGAAGGCCAACAAUUCGCAGACUGGCGCGAAUGGGUGCAAUGGGAGACCAAGCGGCGGGCACAGGCACAGAACGAUGAGACACGCGCAAGUGGAAACACACCUCCAGGCGUAAACGGUGUCUUCAUCUGCACGUUAGACGAAACACACGUUGGAAUUGUCCAAGCCCUGGCCCCUCUCAAACUCCAUAUCCUCUGCGAAAAACCACUAGCGCUCUCCCUAGAAGACUGCCUAACCGUCUACCGAACCCUGCAACCACCAGAAGGCGAAACCAAAACACCACGAGCUCCAUCCAAUAUCUUCUCAAUCGGCCACGUCCUCCGCUAUAGCCCACACAACAUCCUCCUGCGCAAACUCCUCGUAACAGACAAUAUAAUCGGCGACAUAGUCUCCCUAGAACACUGCGAACCAGUAGGCUGGUGGCACUUCUCGCACAGCUACGUACGCGGCAACUGGCGCCGUACCACCUCAGCAGGAGAUGGCUCCCUCCUCACGAAAUCCUGCCACGACAUCGAUUUCAUCCUCUGGCUCCUCUGUUCCCCACCAUCCCCAGAAACAACCGCCGCAGAAAACCCCCACAAACCGCAUUUCCCACGCACCAUCUCCUCAGCCGGAACAAUGACCCAAUUCCGACGAGCCCGCAAACCAAAAGCAGCAGGCACCGCAACAAACUGCCUCACCUGCCCAAUCGAACGAACGUGCAACUACAGCGCAGUCCGAAUCUACAACGACCGCCACCUGUCAACAGGACACACAGCCUGGCCCGUCGACAUCGUCGCCCCAGAUAUAGAAGAUGUAUUCCGAGUCCAGGGCUCCAAGGCCGCUGAAUCACACCUCCUCGCCCGUCUAGCCGAAGACUACGAUACAACCACGCCUGACUCAACAAUCGCCUCGAGACCAUGGUACGGACGCUGCGUCUACGAAGCAGACAACGACGUCUGCGACGAUCAAGUCGUGACAAUAACCUGGGACGACGAGGAAGACGCACCGCACCGCCUCGCGAAAACGGCUUCGUUCCAUAUGAUAGCGCCAACGGAGAAACAGUGUGAACGACGUGGUCGGGUCUAUGGAACGAAGGGUGAGAUCGCGUAUGACAGUCAUAGCAUCUCAAUCUAUGAUUUUGCCAGUGGGGAGACAACCGUUAUUGAUGUGCCCAAGCCGCCGCCUGAGAGGAAGGAGUCGCAUGGUGGUGGGGAUUAUGGGCUUGCGAGGCAGUUUGUUAGUGCUGUUGAGGCGGUUGAGGUUUCAAGGGUUGGGGUUGAGGAGGCGCAGGCGAGGUUUGUGGGUUGUACGCUUGAAGAGGCGGUUCGGAGUCAUGCUGUUGUUUUUGCGGCGGAGGAGGCGAGGAGAAGUGAGAGGGUUGUUCGUUGGGGGGAGUGGUGGGGGGAGAAAUUGAGGGUUUCUGCGGAUGGUUGGGAGUAA